AAUGUCGAAUGAAAUACGAACGAUCGAUGUUUCUCAAUUAUCAGAAGCAGUAAAUAUUUUGUCCACAUUGCCUCAAAGUCAUCAGUCAGAAAAUGAAUAUCAACUGGAUGCUGAUAGACCAGAAUCUAUUAGCGAUCAACAAAUUAUCGUUUUGGACAACAAUUUUUUGAAGUUGAUGGAAGAAUCAACAAAUACAAAUGACUCAACAAGUGAACAAGUAGAAGCUGUUGAAAGUGUUGUAACUAUUGAAUCUACAAGUGAUCUUAAAAAUUUAGCUCGCAAACCUGAUAGAAAGAUUAGACCCGAUAAACCUUUACCCGUAACUCUUUUAGUACCAGCAAAAAAUAAUCGAAAAAAUUACUUUCAUGUUAAGAAACUUUACAUCGAUAAUUGCGAUAGCCGGGUGAACAUAACUGAAGACGAGGAUGAUACUACGAACAAUUUUUCAGGAUCAUAUUGCAUUCACUGUGACAAAUAUUUUGACGAAACGAAGAAGUGUACACAGCACUGCGUUAUGUUCAAGCAUGUUAAGGACACCCCAAUCCAGUGUAAAGCCCUGAUUACUCUUCCUAGUGUUCUAACAUAUAGUCCUCAAUAUGGGAUCCGCGCUCGAAUACCUUUAAAUGAAGGGACUAAAUUUGGUCCUUUGGAUGGAAGAAGAGAGCCUAGCUCUUCUAACAUUUAUGAAAACUCGCAUGUUUGGAAGGUAUUCACCGAUUCGUUUAAAUAUUUCUAUUUAGAUCUGAAUGAUGACCAACAAUCAAACUGGAUGAGAUAUCUUAAAAGAGCCAUAAGAUCAAGUGAAGUGAAUUUGAUAGCUUAUCAAGAGAAAGAAAACAUAUACAUGGUCACAAAAAGACGCAUUAAAAAAGACGAACAGUUAUUGUAUUGGUAUAGCGGUCGAUACGCUGAUCUUUUAGGUAUCUUUCAAACACCUGAAGAUAGCUAUCGGUGUACUUUGUGUCAGAAAAUCUUUGCCGACGAGUCGACUUUAAAAAAUCACACCAAAUAUAAACAUUCAAAUGGAUCUGGAAAGCUUGAAUGCCGAAUUUGUGGACUAAAAUGCGUUUCGCAAACAAGGCUCGACAUGCAUCUAAAUACGCACAAUGGAACGAAACCUUUUCAUUGUUCGGAAUGCGAUAAAACGUUCGGCGAUUUAAGUGAAAAAAAGCAUGUUUGCAAGGAGUGCGGAAAAGCUUUCCGUCAGAAAACUCACCUUAAAAGCCAUAGCCUUAUUCAUACGGGUGAGAGAAGGUUACAAUGCACUUUCUGCGGAAAAAGAUUUUCAAGAUAUUCUGACUUAAAAGUUCAUGAGAACAAACAUACGAGGUCAAAAAUUUUCAAAUGCCCGGUCCAAGGCUGCUCAUCCGAAUUUCUUCGAUCGUGGACGAGACGUGAUCAUAUGGCUAAACUACACGAAGAUGAAUAUGAUUGUAACUUUUGUGAUGAAAGAGUUAAUGACGGUGUUGAACAUUUGAAGAGUUGCAUAGGCGUAUAA